UUAUCAUCACCGGCUGACUCUUCCAGCCCAAUUGUGAUUUCUUGCAACGAUUGCCAUCAGCCACAACAGGUAAUGAUGGCAUCUGCAAGCAUCGACUACCGCAAUGCGGUUCUCUUGGCCGUCGUAGUUUUUGCAACACUGUGCGCAUGUGAGGCAAAGAGUCCCUAUGCCGUCGGCCUUUCAGAGGACUUCUAUGAAAAAACUUGUCCUCAAGCAGCUGCGAUUGUGGACGCCUAUGUCACAAAGUUCCUCAGGAAAGACAGAACCUUUGCGGGUGCCUUCAACCGGUUGCAGUUCCAUGAUUGCUGGGUUGGGGGCUGUGAUGGUUCAGUUCUGUUGAACUCGACCGGGAGCAUCCAAGCCGAGAGGGAAGCUCAUGUUAACUUCGGUCUCAGAGGAGUUGCGGAGAUCGAUGAAAUCAAGGCAGGUCUAGAAUACUUCUGCCCUGGUGUCGUCUCCUGUGCGGAUAUUCUGAUCAUGGCUGCUCGUGACGCCACAGCCAAGGUUGGAGGCCCCACUUGGCCAGUCGCUAUGGGUCGCAGAGACGGAGUGAACUCCACAGCCUUGAUGGCUGAUACCAAUCUACCCUUCCCUGUGCUGAACUUCAGCGGGCUUGUUGCUAACUUUGCCGCCAAGGGAUUCAGUGCAAAAGAAAUGAUAACUCUUUCAGGUGCACACACUAUCGGUCAGUCCCACUGCAAUGGAAUCCUUCCACAUCUCUACAACUUCACUGGAAAGGAUGAUGCCACCGAUACGGACCCUGCCAUGAAUAAGAACUUCGCUGUCUUCCUUAAAAAGCUUUGUCCUCAGGGUAACAGGACGAACACAAUCUUCAUUGACUCCACAGCAAGCACCUUCGACCGUGCCUACUACAAAAACGUGCUGCACGGCAAGGGAAUUUUCAUGACAGACUCCGCCCUCAUUACCAACCCUUUGGGAAAGAAAGUUGUUCGCUCGUUUUCAAAGCCUGGCUCCAGCUUCUUCACAGAAUUUGCAGCAGGCAUGGUGAAGAUGGGAAACCUCGGGGUUCUCACUGGAACUGAAGGUGAAAUCCGCAAGACGUGCCAGUUCGUGAAUUAGGAAUUUGUUCCAAAGUUUCCAAAUAGUAUCAAAUUAGUGUUGCAACAGCAGGUAGGAUGACUAAAUACCUCACGGCUCAAAACAGAUUCAUGGCAUAGGUAGGAUGAUUUGAUUCAUUUGCUUAAGUUCAGAAUAAGCUCCAGUUAGAUCCACGAGGAUUUCCCACUUGCGUACAGUGCUCACUAUGCACGAGAGCUAGGAAACACAAGAUUGGAAUGAGUAUCUACACCAGAUUCAAACUGGAAAAAGUUGAGCAAAUUGUCUCCAGUCGCUUUCAAGGGAAUGUACAUUGAUAUUCCUGCAAGGGCUGGAUAUUCUUUUAAAAUAAAGAAAAUU